AUGCCCACCUACCCGGGCUGGGAUCCGGGACAGUGGCUCAUUCAGCAGCUUGCAGGCGAAACUGUGCGUGUUUCUGGAACCACUUUACUGUUUAGUUACGUGGUCAUGCGCGAUGCCCAUACCCAGCGCCCACGCGCGCUGCAAAGAUUUAAGAGCUACAGUCACAGUCAGUCACAGUCACAGUCACACCUACGAGAACCGGAUCGCCACUCGACGGUCUCAGGGGAUGGGGAGAGAGAGAUAGCGCGCGACGAAAGGCUACACAUUCUGCACCAAGCUACGAUUGAUGCGCGCGCGGCAAAAACCAUCGAGUCCUCUCUGUAUCUCCCGGAUAUCACACCUUAUAUGAACGCCCAACUGCGAUGGCCUCGAAUCAUGGGUCGGGCGAGUAGGGGCGGUGGAAGAGAUCAGAAUGUGUACCCACUUUUUCCCGGGGAGGGGGGUUCACUAUGGUAG